GUCUAAAGUCAUCAGUCAUCGUCUUGUUCAUCUCGAGCAAACAUCCCAGUAAUCUCUUCGCACCGUCGUACUCACCCCAGUCGCCGACCAUCCAUCGACCAUGCAGUUCACAGUGUUGAUCGCUUUCUUGCUCGUCGCCGCCGCCGCCGCUUCCCCUGUGGCCCCGGACGCGGCCGCCAAGACCGAGACCGUCAAGGACAAACGUGCCAUUUUCGCCGCCGCCUACCACGCGCCGAUCGUCGCCCCGGCCGUGUACCACGCGCCCGCACCGGUGUACCACGCACCGGCCGUCUACCACGCACCGGCCGUGUACCACGCACCCGCACCUGUGUACCACGCACCGGCCGUCUACCACGCACCAGCCGUCUACCACGCACCGGCCGCCGCCACUUCUUACUCCAGCGUUAGCAUCUCGCACCCCGCAGUGGUGGCCAGCCAUCCGGUCUACGCGGCUGCCCAUCCGGUCUACUACCACCGUCGUUGAACGGACUCCCGACAUCCAAAACAUGACAUUCUGAACGAUACCCGCGUGCCUAACUGUCACGCUGUAACGGCGACUAACCGUCCGACCACUGUGGUAGUCAAUAUCCGUCGCGGGAUUCAAAAUUUAUAAUCAUGUAUAAUUAUUAUAUUAUAUUAUUAUGUAAUUAAUUUAUUAAAGUGUAGA